UUUUUACUGUGUUCCCGUUCGAGUUGGCCUACAGACCUAAUUUUUGCGUGCGGAAUACUUUUUCCCGAAAAAGUGAAGCCAACGGAUAAACAAUAGCCAAAGGAAAGCGACAGCGAUAGAAAGUGAUAGUGAAAGUAAACAAAAGCGGAAGAGAAGAACUCUGGCGUUAAUUGUGUGUGCAUACAUAUGCCCUAUUUAAUAUUUCCGAUGCGUCCAUAACGGGAGUGUGUUUUUGCUUCCUCUUUCAUCCGCGCCCUCGCCGUCGUCUUUCUACCCAAAACCCAAUUUUCAAUGUGCAAUUUUGUAUAAAAAUUAACACAAAGUGGGAAGAUAGCGUUGUGUCAUAGAAUUGGAGCAAAGGCAAAAACAAGGCAAAAUUAGCAAAGGCAAACGGAAAAACAACAACACAGAAUGCCCAGUGGAACACCAGUACAUGUGUGUGUAUGUACGCGGUGUGACCGUGUGUGCGUGUGUGUGUGUGUAUGUGUUUAGUAGGAAUUGCAAUUUAUAGUUGUUGUUUCCCAGAGCUUUCGCUUGUUGCGCGCGUGCGACGAUUGUGCAAGAAGUUUUUGUGUGUGUAAAAAUCGGGAAGAGGAAAUAGCAGAGAAUAGAAGGAGAAUAACAUGGGAAUAAAUAAAUAAAAAAAGAAAAGAAAAUAAAAUAAAUAAAUCGCCAAAUGCGUUCGUCGUCGCGUGUGUGUGAGUGUUCUGAAAUAUGCUGAAAAAGCUCUCGGAGAGCGAGAGAGCGAUCGGGAGAAAUAGCAGCAACAACAAGAACAACAGCGAUCGGCGAAAUGAAUCACACGCAAGCUUUGUUUUGCGAAUUAUAAAUUCGCGUUCUCCACACAUGCGAAUUCCCACACUGAGAGAGAGACAGGGACAGCGAGAGAGGAAGAGCAACAACAAGACCAAGACAUAAUAAUAGAACUUUUGCUUUCGGUUCCAACUGGUUUUUGUAUACAUAAAAAGAGAGCGAGAAGGAGAGUGGGGCGGAGACGUCGUAAGAGAGAGACGGGCAGCUUCCAGCUCUUCUUCUUCCGUGAUCUUCGUCUUGGAAUUCAUGGAAACCGGGCGCAUGCGCAAAACAAAAAACUACAAAAGGAAAAACAACAACGUCAGCUGCAUGAAAGGUCUUUAAAGCAACUCGGAAAAUAAUUAUACUAUCGUUACCUGCCAUUACGAAUCAAUACAAAAAUCAAUCCCACACAUCACAACGAAACGUACAAAAAGUUAAAUUAAAAUAUUCAUAAAAUGGAUACCUUCAAUGUACCUUUGCUGGCGGAAAGCAGCAACAACAACUAUGCAACAGAAGCUACCAGCAACCAUCACCAUCUGCAGCAUCAGCAGCAGCAGCAGCAACAGCAGCAUCAGCAGCAGCAACUCUUAAUGCCACACCAUCACAAGGAUCAAAUGCUGGCCGCUGGCAGUUCUCCGAUGCUGCCAUUUUACUCGCACUUGCAAUUGCAACAAAAGGAUGCAACUGCCACAAUAGGAUCUGCAGCAGCAACAGUUGCAGCAGCAGCAGUAGCAACAUCGGCCAACUCCGAUAACUUUAGUUCGUUGCAAGCAAUCGAUGCCAGUCAACUAGAUGGAGGGAUUUCCUUAAGCGGUCUUUGCGAUCGCUUCUUUGCGGCUAGUCCUAAUCCUCAUAGCAAUAGCAAUAUGACCUUAAUGGGCACUACGUCAGCAGCCACAACAACCACUACCAAUAAUAAUAAUAACAAUAACAAUAACAACACUAAUAAUAAUAAUAACAACAACAAUGUGGAGGCUAAGGCAGUGAGGCCAUCAAACGGCAGUUCAGUGAUCAUCGAAUCUGUGACAAUGCCAUCGUUUGCCAAUAUCCUAUUUCCCACCCACCGCUCUACCAAUGAGUGCAUUGAUCCCGCCCUGUUGCAAAAGAAUCCCCAAAACAACACCAAUGGCACUGGGGGUGGUGGUGGCAUUAUUGUGCCGUCCGUGGAAUAUCAUCAAUUGAAGCCACUUGAAGUCAAUUCCUCGACUUCCGUUUCCACCAGUAAUUUCCUCUCCUCCACCACCGCUCAAUUGUUGGAUUUUGAGGUGCAGGUGGGUAAGGAUGAUAGUCACAUUAGCACUACAACAACAGGGUCCGGAUCGGGAUCGGGUGCGGCAACCAUUGCCACUGCAACGCCAACAACAGCAACAACAUCCAUUAUUAACACUGCCAAUCCAACGAGGAGCUCAUUGCACAGUAUUGAGGAGUUGGCCGCCAGUUCCUGUGUCCCAAAAACAACAUCACCUAAUAGUAGCAACCACAAUAGCAGUGCCAGUACCACACCGCAACAGCAGCAACAUCAGCACCAACAUCACAUGCAAAGUGGCAAUCACAGCGGCUCUAAUCUCAGCAGCGACGAUGAAUCCAUGUCCGAGGAUGAAUUCGGUCUGGAAAUUGAUGAUAAUGGAGGCUAUCAGGACACCACCUCCUCACACUCGCAGCAAAGCGGCGGUGGCGGUGGCGGCGGCGGUGGCAACCUGCUUAAUGGCAGCUCCGGAGGCAGUUCCGCCGGCGGUGGCUACAUGCUUCUACCCCAGGCAGCCAGUUCCAGUGGCAAUAAUAACAACCAGAAUGCCGGCCACAUGUCCUCUGGUUCCGUGGGCAACGGUGGUGGCAACAAUGGCGGCUCUGGCGGCAACUCCGGUCCGGGAAAUCCCAUGGGCGGUACAAGUGCAACGCCGGGACACGGUGGCGAAGUGAUCGACUUCAAGCACCUGUUCGAGGAACUCUGCCCGGUGUGCGGCGACAAGGUGAGCGGCUAUCACUACGGCCUGCUCACCUGCGAGUCCUGCAAGGGCUUCUUCAAGCGCACCGUGCAGAACAAGAAGGUCUACACCUGCGUGGCGGAGCGGUCGUGCCACAUCGACAAGACGCAGCGCAAACGGUGUCCCUACUGCCGAUUCCAGAAGUGCCUCGAGGUCGGCAUGAAGCUAGAAGCUGUCCGAGCGGAUCGGAUGCGAGGUGGACGCAACAAGUUUGGACCCAUGUACAAACGGGAUCGGGCGCGGAAGCUGCAGGUGAUGCGGCAGCGGCAGUUGGCGCUACAAGCGCUGCGCAACUCGAUGGGUCCGGACAUCAAGCCAACGCCGAUCUCGCCGGGAUACCAGCAAGCAUAUCCAAAUAUGAACAUUAAGCAGGAAAUCCAAAUACCUCAGGUAUCCUCACUCACCCAAUCUCCGGACUCGUCGCCCAGCCCCAUAGCUAUUGCGUUGGGACAGGUGAACGCAAGCACGGGCGGUGUGAUAGCCACGCCCAUGAACGCCGGCAACGGCGGUAGCGUUGGCGGAGGUCUUAACGGGCCCAGUUCCGUGGGCAACGGCAAUAGCAGCAACGGCAGCAGCAGCGGCAACAACAACAGCAGCACGGGCAACGGAGCGUCCGAAAGAGGAGGUGGCAACAAUGCGGGCGGUGGAGGAGGAGGCGGCGGUGGCAAUAAUUCCGGCGACGGCCUGCAUCGCAACGGCGGCAAUGGCAACAGCAGUUGCCACGAUGCUGGAAUAGGAUCUCUGCAGAAUACGGCCGACUCGAAAUUGUGCUUUGAUUCUGGCACACAUCCAUCGAGCACAGCCGACGCGCUAAUAGAGCCAUUAAGAGUCUCACCCAUGAUUCGUGAAUUUGUGCAAUCGAUCGACGAUCGGGAAUGGCAGACGCAACUGUUUGCCCUGCUGCAGAAGCAAACCUACAACCAGGUGGAAGUGGAUCUCUUCGAGCUGAUGUGCAAAGUGCUCGACCAGAAUUUGUUCUCGCAAGUGGACUGGGCACGCAACACCGUCUUCUUCAAGGAUCUGAAGGUCGACGACCAAAUGAAGCUGCUGCAGCAUUCCUGGUCAGACAUGCUGGUUCUGGAUCACCUGCAUCAUCGCAUCCACAACGGUCUGCCCGACGAAACGCAACUGAACAAUGGCCAGGUCUUCAAUCUGAUGAGUCUGGGACUGUUGGGCGUGCCACAGCUGGGCGAUUACUUCAACGAGCUGCAGAAUAAGCUGCAAGAUCUGAAAUUCGAUAUGGGCGACUAUGUCUGCAUGAAAUUCCUAAUCCUGUUGAAUCCAAGUGUACGGGGUAUUGUCAACCGGAAGACCGUCUCCGAGGGACAUGAUAAUGUGCAAGCCGCUUUGCUGGACUACACCCUCACCUGCUAUCCGUCAGUUAAUGAUAAAUUCAGUAGGCUAGUGAACAUCUUACCGGAUAUCCAUGCCAUGGCCGCUCGCGGUGAGGAGCACCUGUACACCAAGCACUGUGCCGGCAGUGCGCCGACCCAAACGCUGCUCAUGGAGAUGCUGCACGCCAAGCGCAAGGUGUAGAGGCCGGGAAAACGUGACACGGAUUACUUAAUCAUUUAUGAAAUGUAAAUAACAAGGCGGGGUUUCUGUCCCCCGUCGGAUGGCAACCAACCAGGAGGAUAUGGAAGGCGAACGGAGGAUACAGAAUUCCGUAUUAUGAAUAUGGGAAUCCAUCAUCACUACUACAACCACCAACACCACCACCACCAACAACUAUCACACCUAUACACACACACAUGCACACAUUUGUUGAUUCAAUGUUAAUUAUUAUUACGUUUACGGUUAGGUCUAGCUUAUGUUUAACUAAUUAAUUAAUUUGUCUUAAAUUAAUUCGUGUUUUAUUUGUAGUCCCUGAUAAAGCAAUUUUUAAAACACUUCAACCUAAAUGAGAAUAUAUAGAUGUAUGGAUAUAACUUUUAAUACGGCAAGGAGAAUCCCCACUUUCUUUAGGCAUUACAACAAGCAAACGAAAAGAAAAAACGGAAAACAAAAUAAGCAUGAGAAAUUUUAUUUUUAUAUACCUAUAUUGAUACGAUACUUAUGGAUAAAAUCUAUAUAUAUUUUUAUGUAAAUUGGCGUACUUUUUAAGCGUCCUACAACUUUUUAAUUAGCGAUUGGUUUUACUAUAGUUUUCAAAUUAUAUUCGUUUCCACUUGUAGAUCGAUUCUUGUAUUUUUUCGCGCCAAGUGUCUUGCAUAGUAUUUGCGUCUAAUCUAACGGCAACAAAAACAAAAGCGGAAAAUCCAUACAAAGAAAAUGAAAACAAAGCAAAUUUAGGUGUUCAUGGUAUGAAUGUAUGUGUAUAUUAUAAUUGUAAUUUCAUCUUAGUGUAAGAAAACAAUGCAAACAACUACCUACAAACAAGAUAAUGAAGAGCAAGAAAUUAUAUAAAUUAAUAAAAAAGAUCGUGUUAAAAACUAUAUAGUAAAUAUAUACUUACAUAUAUAUUUAAAUUUAGCAGCAAGUUUCAACUAUUUGUAAAUUUCAACCGAGAUGUAAUUGUUUCAAUGUCAGCAAACCAGAUUCUGUAAAGCUUAUAUUUAAAGUAUAAAAUAUAUUUUGUGCAAGGAAAAUGAUAAAUCAGUUAAUGGAUAAAAACCAAUUAUAAAAAUAAAUCAAGCUAUAUAAAACUUUAAAUCUAAAAGUAAAAGAUGCUUAGUCAUGAAUUUGGGCAAUGAGGCGGAACCGAAAUCGCAUUCAAGAAAAUCAAGAAUAUUGUAAGAUCAAAAAUCGAAAUAAACAAACCAAAUAAACUUUAUUUAAUGAAAAUUAAUGGAACCACUUUCAAUUCGAAUAUUAAGUUACCUGGAAUUUGCUGUAAUAAUUUUAAUAAAUAUUCUUAUUAAAUAAGUAAAAUAUUUUUAGAAUUUCCAAAUUUCUUCUUCAUUUCGUUUGGAUCUGAUCAUUGCCCUAAUUCUUGCCUUGGCAUUGCGCUUAAACAAAAAGUACCUUAUAAAAUUAAAUAAAUAUGAACUCCAGAUUCAGAAAAACCAGAAACUAAUUACCACACAGACACACAUUUCAAAUUUAAAGGCAGCGUGUAUAAAUAAAAAAAAGUCGUUAAAAGAUGUAUAAAAACCGGAGGUAGCAGAAGAAUUCACGAAAAUUAAAAAAAAUUCUGGCAGAUGCAAGAUUAUUAGGGGGCAAAAAAUACAAAAACGAAAGCACGACGACAUCUACAUAUAUAGGUUUGCCUAGGUAUACAUUAUAUAUAUAUUUAGGUCUUUAGUUGGUAUGUAUAACUUCUGUAUGUAUUAUAAAAUGUAAACAAAAAACGUAAACAAAAAUAUGGGUAAAUAAUGUAAAAGUUGGCAAUGAGAGUUGGCAAGAUAGUGGAUCAGUUAUAUUUAAAGAUGUUAAGUAAAGGGCAAAAAUUGUUGACGUCUAACGUAACGCUGGCGGCAUGUUGUUGAAAACACGUUAAUAGAAGAAAAGAGAUGGAGGGAUCGAUAUACACAUACAAAUAUAUAAAUGUUUAUUCAGGUAUGAAUGGCGUUAGGUAUGUUUAUUGUAAAAUUGAUUACGAUGUGAACCUGUUAUUGCAAAUGAAAAGUGAUUUUAACUAUUAAGAAAAUCUAUAUAUAUACUAUAAACCCAUGAAAAACAAAAAAAAAUGGAUCUAACAGUUAUACAUUUAAUGAUUAAUAUAAAUGCAAGCAACACACACACAUUUUAAGUUUGAAAAACUGUUAAAAAUGCAAAAAAAAAAUCAUUUAACUAGAAACAAAACUACCUAAAACUACAAUGCAUAUUCGAUCAAUUGAUUUAAUAUGCUUUAUGAUUAUGUUAACAUACAAUUUCAUCUCAGAGAUGUUUCAAACAUGCAACCAACAACCAACAACAACAAAAGCAAAGUGAAAUAAAAAGUAAUUAUAAAAACGAA